GGGAGAAGUUUGUCGGCUGGGUUACAUUAGUGUUUCAAUCACUGUACAUUAGACACACUGCUUCAAAGUACUCGGUCAACCGCAAGAUGAAGAAGUCCGGGGAUUUCCUCUCCCUGCUGAACAACCGCGACCUUCUGAAGACCCCCUCGGGAAGUCCCAUCGUCAACUUCCUGGUGAAACCGAUGAGUGUGGAGAUGACCACAGCGGACAAGCUGAUCACGGGUGCCAGGCGGCAGCGGUUGAUGGACCUCUUCGAGGAGGAUCGCGCCUGGGAGGCCGCCGAGUUGUCCCGAUUUGGGUUGAGCUGCAUCAAGGCUCCGGAUUGCUAUCCCUGCUGCACUCCGUUUGAGUGCUCCAAGGCCAAGUUUUAGGAUUCGGAAAUGUUCUGUGAUCCCAGAGCUAGAAAUUGAUUAUGUAUAGUUCGUAUUUUUUUUGCAAGAAUUAAAUCCAAAAAGUUA